UCAUGUCGGUCGGCAUUAGCGGGUGGCGUUUCUGAUAUUUGCAUAAUUUUUUUGCAAUUACGAUUGUAUUAAGAAUUCGGCGUGAAUUUACGAAAUUCAUGUGGAAAGUGGAAGAUUAAAUUAGUAAUGCAACCGACAACAAUGCUUCCGAAGCUUUCGGAUACUCCCCAAACUAUAUCAUUCUCAGAAGGGGAUGGUGUGUGCAACGCAGAGGUGUUCUCAUCCUAUGUCACUGUUACCACCAACGCUGGCAACCAUGACCAUGGUAGUUCAAAGGUCAAACUCAAAAACCUGGUGGACUACAAUUGGGAGCCCAAGUUCUACUCUGGACAACUUCUCGCCAUGCACAUGAGUGGGAAAUACCUGGCAUACUCUAUAAAAGCUGUGAAUGCAGUGAAUCCUGGGACAUGUAGCGGCAUGGUGCGCGUCGUGUACAACGUCGAACCCGGCACGGACAGGCGGGCGCUCAUCAAAGGCAUGAAGGGAGAGGUACAAGAUCUAUCGUUCGCCCACAUUCAAAACCAAGUGGUGCUCGCGUGCAUCGACGAACAGGGAAACUUCUACGUGCACGAGAUUGAAUCUACUGACAGCGGGCUCAGGUGCACGCUGGUCGCGGAGGUGCGCGAGGACACGGGCGUGGUGGGCGCGGCGCACCGCGUGGUAUGGUGCCCCUACAUCCCCGACGAGGACGACGACGCGCCCGACGACGACGUCGCGCGCCUGCUGCUCACCACGCACUGCAACGUCGGUCGUAUGUGGAACAUGCGGUUGAUCGCGUCUGCCGUGGCGGGGUCUGGCGGGGUGGGCGGCGCGCGAGCCCUGGCCGGAGGUCCCGGAGCCCUGGCGGCCACGGACCACAGCGCGGCGCUGGUGGACGCCGCGUUCUCCCCCGACGGCACCGCGCUCGCCACCGCCUCCGCUGACGGAUACGUCAUGUUCUUCCAGGUGUACAUGCACAACGAGAGCAGCCCGCGCUGCCUGCACAAGUGGCAGCCGCACGGCGGGAAGCCGCUCAGCUGUCUCUUCUUCCUCGACAACCACAAGAACUACAACAGCGACGUCCAGUUCUGGAAGUUCGCGGUGACCGGCGCGGAGAACAACACGACCAUCAAGAUCUGGUCGUGCAAGUCCUGGAACUGCGUGCAGACCAUCACGUUCACGCCCAGCGUUGGGGCCGAGUCCAGCCUUGGGCUGAAGGCGAUGCUGGACACGAGCGCGAGCUACUUGCUCCUGUCGGACUUCAACACUCGCAGCCUGUACGUGCUGAACAUGGCGCGCGACACGGACGACUCCACCGCCUACUGCAGGAGCAUCUCCGAGUUCCUGCUGCCGUUCCCCGUGCUCAGUCUGUGCAUCAUCGAGGCUGAGGAGCAGCAAGUGAAGUGCGACUCGAGUUGCGACGACCCGUUCCACCGCAACGGGUCCGGGGGCGACGUCGCCGACUCUCCAGACGACUUCGAGAUGCACCACGACGAGGAGGGUUCAGGAGGGUCGUGCAGUUCGGACAACGGUCGGCGCGUGUGUGUGCGUCUCUACAUCGUGCAGCCCAAGGGCCUGCAGGAGGGCCGGCUCGUGUACACACCGCCGCGGACACACAGGGACCUCUUGCACGGUCUGUCAGAUCUGGCCCUAGAAGACAAGUCUUCGGAAGCGGCGCCCACCGCCAUCACGUCGAGCAUCUUGCAACAGCAGAGCCAGCAACUCAAAAACCUCCUUAUGAGGUCUCAGACCCAGCCCGGAAGCUUGAUCGGCACGCGGCCUGAGUCGCCGUCCAUGGCGCCGCAACUCAACCUCAUGACACCGGAUGCUUUCAGUGAUGUUUUCAGUUCGCCCGGCAAGCGCGACGAGGACGACCCGCCGCUCUCCGCCACGCCUGAUGUCGGCGGCAAGCCUAGGACAUCCAUAGGGGAUGCUGGUUCAGUGUGCGAGGCGGCGUCUGCGGGCGUCUCCGCCGGGCAGGCCAAGCUCACCUCGGGCGGCUCCAGCCCCAGCAGGGAGGUGCAGCAGAUCCUCGCCAGAGACGACCCUAACGCGUUCUUCGAUCAACUGGAGGAGGAGUCCCCGCCGACACCGCCCGCGCCCUCGGCGAGCUCGGUGGUGCCCAACGGCGCGGAACCGCUGCUGGUGGCAGACCUGUUCCCGCCGCCAGAAAACCCGCCGCAUCCACACAAACUCACACAUGCCAACAGCGACACGUCAUGGCCGCAGAUCUCGAUAGCUCAGAUCACGGAGGCGAACCAGCGCAAGGCGUCGAGCGACAAGUCGAGCAGCCAGUCGCUCAACAACUCGCUGGGGCUCGCCGAGCGCGCCUGCAGCGAGGAGGUGCGCGCCGCCGCCGCGCCCGCCAACGCGCGCCUCGACAUGCUCGAGCAGAAACUAGACAAGCUCACCGAAAUGGUGGCGGCACAAAGUCGCGAGCUGCGCAGCUUGCGAGGGGCUGUAACUAGUCCACGCGAGCUAAUUGAUGAGGCACUGCAUGCGCACACGCAGAGAACUACACAGGCCAUAGAGAACGCGUUGGCGCUUGGAUGGGAGCGCAUCUCCCGCGCGGGCGAGACGGCGAGCGCGCGCGCGGCGGCGGCGGCGGGCGCGGGCGCGGCGCGCGCGCUGGAGCCGCUCGCCGCCGCGCUGCAGCACGAGCUCGCCGCCAAGCUCAGCGCCACCGACCAGCUGCUGCGCGACAACAUCGACAAACUCGUCAACAGCAAGACGGUGAUGGAGCGACUAAGUACAACGAUCGCAAAAUCCUUGUCGGAGAUGGUGCGCGAGUCGUUCCGUUCGGCGUUGUUCGAGAGCGUGCUGCCCGCCAUGGAGAAGGCGCAUGCGCAGAUUUUCAAACAAAUCAACCAGGCGUUCCAGAACGGCACCAAAGAGUUCGCGGCGAAUACGGAGGCGGCGGCGCGUGCAGCAGUGGAGCGUGGCGGCGCUGCAGCUACAGAAGCGCUGCGCGGUGCGCUGCAGCGGCACGCCGACGCGCUGCAGGCGGCGCGUGCGCAUCCCACGCAACUCGCACUUCUCACCACGGCGCUCAGAGACGCCACGCACACUGUGCUUGAAAAGGAGUUGGCUUGGUGGAGGGAGCAGGCGCGCACCGUAGUGGCGCAGAUGUCGCGCGCACACUCGCCCGCCUCCUCGCACCACCCCGACAGACAGGAGGUGGGGUGUGUGCAGAUGCAAGUGGCGCAGAUCCAGUCGCUGAUGGCGGCUGGCGAGGUCAACGGCGCCUUCCAGCAGGCGCUGUCCGCCUCCGAUCUCACGUUGGUGAUGUGCGCCUGCCGAGCCGCCGAGCCGGCGCAGGUGUUCGGCCCGCCGUGUAAGCUCAAGCAGCCUGUGCUGCUGUCGCUCGUGCAACAGCUCGCAGCUGAUAUUACCACGGAUACGCAUCUUAAGCAUCGAUACCUUGAGGAGGCGGUGAUGAACCUGGACACGACGUCCCCGGGCACGCGCGAGCACCUCCCGGGCGUGGUGCGCGCGCUGCAGAAGCAGAUCAUCUCGUUCCUGCAGACGGCGCCGUCGCACGCGCUGGCGCGCCAGUUCCGCAUGCUGCUCAUGGCCACCGAGGCGCUGGUCAAGAGCACCGCGUGACGCCCCGCGCGCCUGCACCUCACCAUCAGCGACUGUUGACUCCUGUCAAGUGAGAUUGUGCUUUGUGUCUACACAGCUACAGUGUCUAAUGGAACUGACCGUGUGAGCAGUGAGCUUUUGAUUUGAUUCGCUCUCAGUGACUAGUGUUAAUUUGUUAGUUAUAUGGUAGUAUUGGUGCCUGAUUGAACGGUAGCCAAGUAAUGUCACGUGUUUAACGAGUGCCUCCAGUAGAACUCUAAUGAUAAGCAUUGUGAACUUUAUUACAAAUGCAAUAAACAUUAUUUCCAAAAAUUUUAAGUAAAUUUUUUAUGAUUCUAAUUUUGUAAUGACAUGACUAUCUUAUUAGCUAUAUUUUUUUUAUUGGACAUUAAAUACAGAGGUUUGAG